AUGAAGUCCUUCACUGUUGUCGCCGCCAUCGCUGGCUUAGCCACCUCCGUCGCUGCCCACGGCCUCGUCAGCUCUCCGACGCCCCGUAAGCCUGGUGCCGGCCUCAAGGCUGCCUGCGGUGACCAGGUGUUCAACACCCAGAACUCCGAUCCGUACGGCAACGUGCAGGGUUCCAUACAGAACCUCCAGGGUAGCCACCCUGACUGCAAGAUUUGGCAGUGCAAAGGUGUUCCGUUCGCCGACAAAACCGAGGUCUUCCAGUACACUGCUGGCCAAAAGAUCGACAUGAAGGUCGAGAUCCAUGCGCCUCACGAUGGUUUGGCCAACGUCUCCGUCGUCUCUACCUCUACCGAUAAGAUUAUCGGCAAGCCUCUCAUCAGUUGGGACAAGUAUGCCUUGACCUCCGUCCCUAUGAGCCAGCAUCCCGAAUGGACCAGCUUCAGCAUCACCAUGCCUGAUGUCAGCAGCGAGUGCUCCAAGGCUGGCGACUGUGUGAUCCAGUGGUGGUGGGAUGCACCAACCAUCAACCAAAGCUACGAGUCUUGCAUCGACUUCACAAUGGGUGGUGGCUCUGGCUCUUCGCCCGCCACUCCCGUCGAAUCUUCCGCCCCUGCCUCCAGCACCACUCCUGAAGCCAGCGCUACUCCCACCCCCAGCCCCGCCGAGCCUACUGCUUCCCCUGCUGCUAGCCCUGAGUCUGGUUCCGGUUCCGGUUCCGGUUCCAACACUGGCUCUGGCUCUGGCUCUGGCUCCAGCGUCCCAAAGACCUUCACCAUCGACACCUUCGUUGAAUGGCUCCGCACCAACGCUGGCUCAAGCGCCGCUCAGAAAGUUCGCCGCAUGAUCGCCGCUCAACGCCCUCACCCUCGUGCUUUCGCCGUCUAA